AUGGAAUUGUUGACCCUCGCAGGAUACGAUCAAGGUGUUUUCUCCGGAAUUGUUGAGAACGAAGACUUCCUCGACACCAUGGGUAACCCAGGAGACAGCUUGAUGGGGAUCAUUGUUUCCAUAUACAACUUAGGAUGCUUUACUGGUUGCAUUGUGAACUUCCUAGUAGGCGAUUGGCUUGGACGGAGGAAAGCAAUGUGGCUUGCGAUGGUUUGGGUGAUUAUCGGUGCCACCUUGCAAACAUCUGCCUUCUCCGUUCCGCACUUGAUGGUUGGUCGCUUCGUGACGGGUAUCGGCACUGGGAUUGAGACCUCUACUGUGCCAAUGUAUCAAGCAGAGCUCUGCGAGGCAUCCAAGCGUGGUAAACUCGUCUGCAGCGAGCCUCUACUAGUGGGUGUGGGUAUUGUCAUCAGUUACUUUUUCGACUAUGGAAUGAGCUUUGUCGGAGGGCAAAUUGCUUGGAGAUUACCGAUCGCGUGUCAGAUGAUUUUUGGAUUUGUCGUCAUUAUACUCGUUUUCGGCCUCCCCGAGUCUCCGAGGUAUUGCUACAAGGAAGGACGUGAUGACGAAGCGUUGCAGAUUCUGAGUGAUGUGUACGGUCGACCAAAAGACGACGCGAAGAUUCUCGCCGAGCAGGCCGAGAUCCUCGAGGCUCUUGCUAUUGAGACCAAACAUGGAGAGUACAAGUGGAGUCUCCUCGGCUAUGGAAUGCAAUUCAUGAACCAGCUCGGUGGUAUCAACCUUCUAGUAUACUUCAUCCCGACGGUCCUUAACACCAAUGUUGGCCUUAGCAAGAACCUCUCAAUGAUUGUCGGAGGGUGCGCUCAGGUCAUGUUUGUCGUUGGUAGCUUCUUCCCUACCUUCUUCGUCGAUAGAGUAGGCCGCAGAACGCCCAUGAUGUGGGGAUCCUUCGGCCUCGGGAUCUGCAUGAUGAUGGUUUCAAUCCUUCUUAGCUUCAAGGGCAAGGAAAAUGAUCACGCUACCUCAUCGGCAUCGGUUGCCUUCUUCUUCCUCUUCAUGCUUAUCUUCGGAGCAUCAGUCAACUGCAUUCCAUGGGUCUAUGUACCGGAGAUCUUGCCACUGCAUGCUAGAGCUAAGGGAACGGCGGUGGGAAUUUCUUCAAAUUGGAUCUGGAAUUUCUUCGUCGUCAUGAUCACACCCGUGAUUAUAAACCGUCUCCAGUGGAAGGCAUAUCUGAUUUUCAUGUGCACCAACUUUGCAUUUGUGCCCCUUGUUUACUUCUGCUACCCCGAAACGGCCAAGCUGAGUCUCGAAGAGAUUGAUUACCUUUUCACACAACCGGACAAGAGCGCCGUGAAACUUUCUUUGGAGCUCCAGAAGGAGCGGAAGAUGCAUGGGCAUGGCGCCAGUCUUGUCGCGGAUACUGGGGUCCUGAGACGUACAAGCGUGGUGGCCGAUGAGGGCUUAGAGAAACAUCACGGUGUUGAUGAACACGUUGAAAAGGUUUAA